CCAGGAUCAAACCCAAGAUCUUGGAGCUGUGAGGUGGCACUAUGACCCACUAUCCUAUCAUGGCUGCAAAUAAAAUAGCUAUUAAAUAAAUUUGAUGUCUCAUUUUAUUUUAUUUGUAUGUGUUGUGAUUAGAAAUUUGAAAGAAGGAGAUUUGAUCUGGGUUUAAAAUAAUAUUACUUGAGCAAAUAAAACAUGGGGACAACAGAUUAUUAGGUAUGUUCUUGUACUAUAAUGCUUUGAGAUGAUUGUGCACAGAGUGUAAGCAGGGAUUCUGGCAAGACUAGCUAUGAGUUCCCUUUUAAAUCUGUGCACAGUGUGUAAGCAGAAUCAUUUGAAAGCAUUAGCUAGAAGUUAACAUUUUGCAUUUUACCCUGUAUGUGCCCAUGACUGUUCCUUAAGUACUGCAUAGUGAUCAAACUAGAGUUGGUCCUGUCUUUCAGACUUUAUAGAUUCUAAUCACAUGAAAAUUGAAACCUGUUGUUUAAUUUUAAGCAGAAGAUCUGUUUAAAGAAUGAAAUUAUGCCUGUUAAAUAUUGACAAUAAUAUAAAAGCUCGCAAGAAGAUAUGAUCAACAGAGUGAGCCUCUGUGUAUUUCAGAACCAUGGCCAGCUCCCAAUGGAUCAAUCAAUCAAUCUCUCUUUCUCUCUCCACACAUCGCAUACACACACACACACACACACACACACACACACACAUACUAUGUUUCAGACAGCGGUAGACAACAAGGUGGAGAGUUGCUCGUAGUCAGCACAAACUUUGUCUGCUGAUAUUAUAUACUUUCUAAAUUGUGAAAAUCUAGACAAAUGGGUUUGUAUGGGAAGUUCUCUAUCCGUGUCCGUUUCAUUGAAGUCUCCCUGUGCGUAAGAUUCACACAGCCAUCCGGCUGGCCAGCUAUCACUCCAGAGCUUGUCUAAUUUACAGGCAGUUUAUGCACCUGCACUGACGUCAGUGGACCUUUACUGGAUGUAUAUAACCAUUGCACUUGAGCUGCUCCGGUUCCAAAGCCAGUGGUAAGGAUCCGUCUACUUUUAUCCCGUAUCCGACUUGUUUGUCAGAACUUUUGAAGCAGGAAUACAACAGAGGUGUGUCUGCUCUGUCCAGCAUGAAGCCUGUCGCCUCUGUCUUGCUAAUAGCUGCUGUAUUACUAUCCACUCACAUUCCAACAAGCAUAUGUAGACCACGGGAUUUAAGUCUCUUUGAUCACCAUGAUGACUACAAAAACCAGCUGGAUGAAGUAUUCCUUAGGGUGGGAAAGGGCGAGACCAUGUCCUUCCUCAGCGGCGGAAACGGUCGAGAACACGAGCUAAGAAUCGGCUCGCGCUCCCCAACUUCUCCCAGUCCGAACAGUUUAGAGGAGCUCAUCGGUUUUACUAAGAGGAAUGACGACCCGCCCAUAUCAAUUGAUCUCACCUUUCAUCUGCUGCGCAAUAUGAUUGAAAUGGCACGGAUCGAGAAUCAGAGGGAACAGGCAGAACUGAACCGCAAAUAUCUGGACGAAGUCGGGAAGUAAAAAAGCAUUCUCGAACAAGAAAACACACUCUCAGACCUCAGUUUGCUUUCUUGAAGUUUUUGUUAAAGCAUUAUACUACUCUACUGGGAAAGAAAUAUGACUUAACUCAGUGCAGUGGGUAAACAGCCAAAACAGGGAAACACGACAGAGUGGAUAACUGAGCUCCCAUCACACACAGGGUCGGAGUGGGACUCAUUUUCAGCCCUGGAGUUUCAUGCCUUAGACCGGCCCACUUUAGUUCACGACUGACUAUAUUAAAAUAAUGUCAUUAAAACCUCACGAUAUAAGUCUGCAAUAGUGCACUGUUCUCUACAGCCUUGAAAUUCAUUGUAUUUUUCAAAAAUAUCAUCAUUUCCAAUUCAGUGCACAUACAGUAGCCUAAGUGUUGCUUCACAGUGAAGAUUUAUUUAACAACAGUAUUCUUUACAACACCACAAUGUAAUGUUUAACAGUAUCAGAAUCUAUUUUCUGUAAAAAAAAUAAAUAAAUAAAUAAAUAAAUUUUUUUAAAUGUGCUAAUAAAUAUCUAAACCUUGAAAUGAAAAAAUAUAAAAUAAAUACUAAUAUAACAUUUUAAAAAAUGAAAUGAUAAAGAAUAAAAUGAAAUGUAUUGCACUUUCUAAUGACACCAUAAUCUAUUUUUCCUUUGCAUAAGUUAAGGAAACGGCUACUUUACAACUUCAACACAAAUAUGAGAACAUUAGUUAAAGGGUAAAUCUCCAACCCUAUUCUUUAAAACAUCACAAUGUCCUUUUCUGCAAUAUCUGAAUAUUUUCUGUGCAAAAUUGUUCACAGAUAUCCAAUCCUUAAACACAAAUAAAGAAUAAAACAAGUAUUGCACUGUUCUCUGCAAGAAUUCUUUUCACAGUGUAACUUUCUAAUGACGGCUUCAUAUCUUUUUCCUCUGCAUAAGUGUAGCUUCAAGGAAAUAUGGCCAACCCGAAAAUAUUAAUAAACGCCUGAGCAAUG